AUGAGUCAAUCUUCAAAGAAUGCUUUCAAGUUUUUCGCCUUAGGAGGUGGUAAUGAAGUUGGUAGAUCAUGUCAUAUCUUACAAUAUAAAGGCAAAACAAUCAUGUUAGAUGCAGGUAUCCACCCUGCAUAUCAAGGUAUAGCUUCACUACCGUUUUAUGAUGAUUUCGAUCUUUCAUCUGUUGACAUAUUAUUAAUAUCACAUUUUCAUUUGGAUCACGCAGCAUCUUUACCUUAUGUAAUGCAAAGAACUAAUUUCAAAGGUAGAGUAUUCAUGACCCAUCCAACCAAGGCCAUUUAUAGAUGGUUACUGAGAGAUUUUGUCAGAGUUACAAGUAUUGGUAUAAAUUCAACUGGCGAAGACGAUAAUUUGUAUACCGACGAAGAUUUAGUGGAAUCUUUCGAUAAAAUUGAGACGAUUGACUAUCAUUCUACAGUUGAUGUGAAUGGUAUCAAAUUUACAGCAUAUCAUGCAGGCCAUGUUCUAGGAGCCGCGAUGUUUCAAAUCGAAAUAGCAGGCUUAAGAGUUCUGUUUACUGGUGAUUAUUCUAGGGAAACAGAUCGUCAUCUAAACUCGGCAGAAGUCCCUCCACUAUCCUCUGACAUAUUGAUUGUAGAAUCUACAUUUGGUACAGCAACGCACGAACCCAGAUUAAGCAGAGAGAAGAAAUUGACUCAGUUAAUCCAUACAACCGUUUCUCAAGGGGGUAGGGUGCUGAUGCCUGUUUUUGCAUUGGGAAGGGCUCAAGAACUGAUGCUGAUCCUCGACGAAUUUUGGAGUCAACAUGCAGAUGAACUUGGAGGUGGACAAGUUCCUAUUUUUUAUGCGUCAGAUUUGGCAAGAAAAUGUAUGAGUGUUUUUCAGACAUACGUUAAUAUGAUGAACGAUGAUAUUCGUAAAAAGUUCAGAGAUUCUCAAACUAAUCCAUUCAUUUUCAAAAAUAUUUCAUACCUGAAAAACUUGGAAGAGUUUCAAGAUUUUGGACCAAGUGUGAUGCUUGCCUCACCAGGUAUGUUACAGAGCGGUAUCUCAAGAGAUCUAUUGGAACGAUGGUGCCCUGACGACAAAAAUUUGGUUUUAAUAACAGGUUACUCUGUUGAAGGCACCAUGGCUAAAUUUAUCAUGUUGGAACCAGAUACAAUUCCUUCAGUAAAUAACCCGGAAAUUACAAUACCAAGAAGGUGCCAAGUAGAGGAAAUUUCUUUCGCUGCUCAUGUCGAUUUUCAAGAGAACUUGGAAUUCAUUGAGAAGAUCAAUGCGAACAAUAUCAUUUUAGUACACGGUGAGUCCAAUCCUAUGGGUCGUUUGAAGUCUGCACUAUUAUCAAAUUUUGCCUCUCUCAAAGGGACGGAAAAUGAAGUUCACGUUUUCAAUCCUAGAAACUCUGUAGAAGUUUCAGUGGAGUAUACAGGAACUAAAAUUGCUAAAGCUAUAGGUAAUAUUGUUGAAGAAGUACGCAAAGAAACGUUGUCGGCUUCUGAUGCAGUGAAGAAUGAGAAGCCUGAAGUAGAAAAUCAAAUAUCCGUUGAUCAGAAACAGACAAAAGAUGUGAUAAUAUCAGGUAUUUUGGUGUCAGACGAAAGAAAUUUUGAUCUCAAUUUAGUUUCCCUUUCAGAUUUGAGAGAGCACCAUACUGAACUUUCAACAACCAUCUUGAAAGAAAGACAAACUGUUAAAAUCAAUUGUAGAAAAGAAUUAAUUUAUUGGCACAUAUUUCAAAUGUUCGGUGAUGUUACAGUGAUACAAGACGACGAUAAUGUUACAAAUUUAAUUAAAGAUGAGAAGCUCGGCGAGAGUAAGAAGGAGCUCGAUUCGGGCAAGUUAGUACUAGAGAUAAUGGGCGAUAUCAGAUUGGCUAUAGCUGAUAAUCUAGCAGUGCUUCAAUGGACGCAAGGGCUGAUCAACGAUACAAUAGCAGAUUCUAUAGUGGCAAUCUUAAUGAGUGUAGACUGUGCACCUGCAAGCGUUAAAAUGAGCAGUCGUAGCUGCACUCAUGAGCACAAUCACAACCAUACAAAAGCUCAUGAAGAUGAUAUUUCAAUCUUAGAACGUGACGAAGUAUGGAAGAUAAAGCAAAUUGUAGAGCUUUUCCGAGAACAGUUUGGGGAAUCUUUCACCUUGAUGAUGGAAAAAGAUAAGAAAGAGGGCGAUAUGGAUGAAGAUAUCAUCGGUUUAAUAACCCUUAACAAAACAACAGCAAGAGUGAAUUUUUCAAAUAUGGAGAUUGAACAAUGUGACUCGAAGCCUCUCAAAGGGAGAAUUGAAAGUAUAAUGAAGAUUGGUGCGGACUUAGUGGCUACCUUAUGCUAG